ACGCCCAAGCACGACUCCCUGAACCAGUAUGAGGCACGCAUCGACGGGCCCGGUGAGACGCCGUACGAGAACGGCCGCUUUCUCGUGGACAUCACCCUGACAGACCAGUAUCCGAUAGAGCCCCCCUCUGUGAAGUUCAGAACGCGCAUAUAUCACCCGAACAUCGACGACCACGGCAACAUCUGCUUGGAUAUAUUGAAGACGGGCACGAAAGGGCACCUGGAAGCCCCAGUGGACGCUGGUCAGUGUUCUGCUGGCACUGACUGUGCUGAUGAGAGCGCCGAAUCCUGAUGACCCGCUUAUGCCAGACAUAGCAGAAGAGCUGAAAAGCGACACCGAGGCGUAUCAGCGCAAAGGCAAGAGAGUGGACAGGCCAGAUACGCAAAGCCAGUCGAAGGAUGAUCGAGAUGAAGACGAGACCGGGCCGCUGCACGCGCCGCAAACGCCCGAGGGAGCAGUAAAGCCGGUGCCGAAGAUGCGCAGCCUGGGACUGAAGCGCAAGCCAGCGUCCCCGGCACCCGCAAAUACCCAGGCUGGGUGCAACGAGACCGGAUGGUUCUGGCAGCCAGUUCGAGAAGCCUCUGCCAGGAGCACCGGCAGCAUCGGUCUCGCCGAUCAGCAGCUCGGUAAGCCGACGGCUCGGCCUUAGUCGCAGCCGAAAUGCACCACCAGCGAAAUCCCGUGCACAGCAACAGCAAUCACCCGGCCUGGGCCGCGUGUCCUUGGCAUCGUCACAGGAGGAGCCCGGGUCGUUGAGGCGCGGAAGCAGCAGUCAGGGCAGCGCCUUGUCAUCAUCAGCGGCCUCGUCGCGGAAGGCGAGCGGCGGUGCCAAGCUGUCUGAUCUGCUAGGGAAAACCAGCCUGUCAAAGAGCCGCAAUACGCGACGCAAUCUGCAACCCUUUCACGGUUCACAGGCAUUGGCGACUUCAGACGGCGCAGCUCCAAAGGCAAGGGCGGUGCAGAAGAAACCCUGCCGUUGGCGAUGGCAGUAGCAAUGGC